AUGACACCGCCUUUCCCUUGUACUCCCACCCAUAUAUCCGAAAAUGACCUCGUCAGCCUUGACAGGUUGGAAAUCACCAUCGACUUGGGCCUGGCGAACCUUGUGGAUCUCGUCAGAUCGUCCGGUGCGAACGACAGUCGCCAAAGAAUGUAUGCUUUGCAGAGCGGAUCAAGCGCUUCGCCAAAAGCGGGACUCAGAGGAGAUGCAUGCACACGAGAGUAUAGAAGGCAUGAGGACUUCAAGGCACAUGAGGCUGAAUGGGGGCGAAUGGUCGAAUGUUGUUACUGCAACCUUGCUCCUAAUCAAGUGAACAGGACUAGGCCACCAAGAGUGGGUCCCUCUGUGAGAGAGCGGAUGGAAGACUCACGGGCGAAAAGGCAAAGGGACAGAGAGGAGAGUGAAGUGCCCAUGUGGUCGCCUCUUGACUUCCACGACACUCUUAUGCCACAGCCCGUCUUCGAUGAACCCUUUCUCUCGGACGAGCCAACCAUGCCAGCUCAUUUCCCGAUUCCUUUCCCCCACACAUCUGUCUUCGAUCUCAACCUGUUAGAGUACGCAAAGCACCCCAGGCCCUCUGAGAUCUGUGGCCUUUGCUUGGACACCCCCAUUCAAUUCGCCGGUAUCCACUUUGCUCCCUUUGGCGACUUCCUCGAUAUCAGCAUGCAUUUCACAAACGAUGAACUUGAUCUUUUGAAUGCAGAUGUGUUGCAAUUAGAACCAGUUAGGUCUGGACGCUGGAAAACUAGUUUGGGACCCUAUGGCAAGACCCCGUGCGGAUGGAGGAUGUUGAGGGAGAAGGGGGUUGAUUUUGAUCUGAGGCGACGGAAACUUGUUGCUCCCGUUCCUCCGCAGUCAUUUCCAGACAUAAAUAUUCCGGGAGCUUCAUCCCGAACUUCGAAGCCUCCAUCUGCUUUGCACAUCGAUGUUCAGCCCCUUCCUUACGAGAGGGCUCCAGCGCAGAGUGAGCGACAAAUAUGCACCAAGCGUCGCGAUGAUCCGAUCUCUCACCACAACGGGCUCGAGUUGUCCCAUCAAAAGAAAAAGCAAGACGCACGUGUAGCCUCAUGGAAUCGUCCAGGAACCAAUCAACAUGGAGAUUACUGCCCGAUUGAUUGUUACAACCAAGCAGGCGGCUAUCCACCCUCACCCACCCGCUCCAUCUCCCCUGUACCCCAACCUUCCGGAUGCCGAACACCCUCACCUCUAACCUCCCUCGUCUCGCGAUCUUCUCGCCCAGCCCCUCAUCCCCGUCGCGUAACCAUCUCCUCCCCGAGCUUCACCGCCAGCCAUAGGGCAACGGUGGAGCCGGAGGUUCACCCCGAAGAAUUCAUAUUCCCACUUUCGUACACUUCGACAUCAUUGGCCUCCCCAGGCACAAAGACGGCCAAACUCAGGCAGAGGCCCGAUCAUCCGACAUUGAAGAAGACUUAUAGCAGGGUUAAGAGUAGGAAUACGGGGAAAGGCAAUGGCAAGGAGAAGAUGUAUCAGGCGUAUGCUAUGGAUGCGGAUGAUUUUGGGGAGAGUAUCAGAGAUGAUUGGAGGGAUGUAUGA